AUGAUGUUCUCAUUCCAUGCCGGCCACUCAUCUCCACAUGGCGAGGCCUUGAGAGGACCCAAGCCGAAACGGGCCAAGAUUAGAAUUGCCUGCAAUGUGUGCAAGGCCAGGAAAACCAAGUGCGAUGGAGCUAGACCAAUCUGCGGUCCCUGCUUGAGACGGAAACGAACCUCGUAUACCACAGCCUGUGAAUACCGUGAGGGUGAUAUCAGUGAGCAGUCAAGCGGCACAACUCAGCAACUACUGGAAGACUACCCACAAGCACAAGCCAACGAUAAUGACGAUGCUGCCAGCAGCUUCAGUGAAGCUGUCCCGACCGGCGGCUUAUUUGGUGCAUCCAGUGGUGCACACUUUCUUCAAGAUGUCGGAAGUCAGCCAGGCGCAGCAAGGACCCCUACCAACCAAAGACAAAUCCGGACCCCAGUUCUACCAAAGGCACUGCGAUGUCUGCCGAAGUUGCAGAAACGUACCCAGAAAGCAAACGCCGAUGUGCAAUAUGCGGUUCCUCCAAGGAAGCAGGCAGACAAGCUUCUGAGCCUCUACUGGGACUAUGUGGACAGCGCCUACCCCUGGCUAGACCGACCUUCAAUUGAGAACGCAUACGAGACCUUAUGGGUUCAUGACGGUGAAUUGAUAAUGGAUGAGACCGUCCUACAUUGCCUGCUGAAUCUCAUGUUCGCCACAUCCUGUGUCGCAUCUCAAGGGGCAACCCCGCUCGACCGCUACCAGUCCUCGGUUGUGUUCUUCGACCGAGCUCAGGCGCUGAUGUCGUACAACCUGAUGGACAUGUACAACAUCGAGAUCAUCCAGAUACUAUUACUCACGGCUGUUUAUCUUCAGCAUGAGAAAGAGCCCCAGAAGUGCUUCCGGAUUAUUGGCACUGCGAUCCAUGUCGCCCAGGAACUCGGAUUACAUAUCCCCGAAACAACGGAGGGGAUGGACAACCCAAAAGACCGAGACCUAGCCUGCCAAGUCUGGAAUGGAUGCGUUAUCAUGGACAGAAUCUGUGCCAUGACUUUCGGCUGCCCCCUUAAGGUUCCUCGAUCUGUCGCACAAGAAGGGCUGAACGCGCUAGUGCUCAGUUCCCAGGAAUCAGGGAGUGAUACUGUAACCGCUAAUCUACCAUCGAAACUAAACUUUUACAUGUCAUUUUGCCGACUACAUCACAUAAUAGCAGAAGUACUGGAGACAUUUUACUCCAUCGAUGAUAACACGGUGCGACAUCAUGUUUCCGAAAAUCGCAACGACCGUGAGGGAAGCUGCGCUGUGCGUUUCGAUAAAUUCGCGAGCCUAUUUCGCAUCGAUUCUGCUCUGAAACACUGGGCUCACAGCCUGCACCCCUUCUUCCAGAUGCCGUCGGAACUGGAAGAUCCAACGCCAACCAAGCACAUCACUCGUGAAGCAAAUAUCCUACGAGCCAGGUAUCUUUCAGUCCGGCUUCUGCUGUUCAGGAUAUUGCUUCUACAGAUCCAUCAACAGAAAACAGAAAGUGCCCCCAGUACCGGUAUCUAUGCAGACGAUGACCAGAUUAUGCCCCACGUCGUUUUCCAAUGCCAGGUGAACUGCACAAAGGCGGCCGUCGACAUGAUUGAAUUCAUCCUCCGGAACUCCCCCGGACAGAAACAAGCGUAUAUCUUACCAUCCAAUUGGUAUACUGUCUCAUACGUCUAUAUGGCUGUAACAAACUUGCUCGCCGCCCAGUCAUCCCCGCAGCUUGUCGAGUACUUUUCUGCGGCUAGCUUGCAGGACAUUCUGCAACAUGCUCGAAACAUUCUCAAGGAUUACGAGAAACACACCACGCUGGCAUCGAGAUGCCGUUCUGCAUUGAAUCUGAUCGAUAAGAGCAUUGGUAGGCGGGAAUCAAUAGCGAAUAUUGGGCCCUCUGAAGCGUUAUCAGUUGACAGAGCUCAUGAGAACACAUCCAUGCAGGACUUCGUCAUGUGUGCUCAAGAGUGUCCACCAAUCAUAGGAGAUGAUUUGGGAAUAGUGGAGUAUUAUACCUUCGAUUGGAACAAUUGGCCCAUGUUCUUCGCGCAGCUCGGCGACGACACACCGCUCACUCAAAGUUGGAGCCUGUAG